AUAUUUUCUUUUUUCAAAAUUCAACAUCAAUAAACAAAACGUUUGGAGGUUUAUAACUUAAACUAAUUUAAUAUAGCAUAAAAUUUAUAUUUUUUAUAAUACUGUUUGCUAAGAAACAUGACAAAAACAAAGGAAGCGAAGAUUCCAAUCAUUACAUUAACGCAAGUAAAUGCCGAUGUAAUUUCACAGCUUGCAUCGAAAUAUUGGUCGAACGAGACAAGUGAAAGUCAUUUACCCUUCGAUUCUUCAAUAAUAGAAGAAAUAUAUAAAAAUGAGAUUACUGACAAGCAUUUAGUAAAAAGAGUAAUGAUGUUAGAAUUUAGUCAAUAUCUAGAAAAUUACUUAUGGCCUAAUUACGAAGUUGGUUCUACUAGUAAGGCUCAUAUUAUGUCAAUUGUUAUUAUGGUUAAUGAAAAAUUUCGGGAACGUGUUCAAGUGUGGCAUAUUUUUGAAAAUGACCAGAAAAAGUUUUCAAAUUUGUUUCGUCAAGUCAUGCAAAUAGCUCUUGAAGAUGAAUUUCAUUCAGAAACUCACAUAAAAGAGCUCACCGCAAUAACCAUGUUUAUUGAUCAUUGCUUCAAUAGCAUGGAAGUAAGUUUAUGCAGAGAACAAGUAAAGAAAUUAGUUUCGUUGUCGAUGUGGAAUUGCUUGCAGUCAAGAAGAAGAGAAUAUGAGUUACAAAAUAUUCCUGAGUGGAAAAAAUUUUGGAAGAAAUUGCAAAAAAAAGGAUUUACCGAGGAGUCUAUUUUUGAUAAUAAUUUUUUGCAACAUUAUAUGAUCAAAUUUAUAAAAAUUUUGGAAACAAUCACAAUCGACAAACCAAUAAAUGCUAAUUUAGUUAACUAUUGUGAACGCUUUAUAGAGUUCAUAAUUGAUUUGGAGGCACUUUUGCCGACAAGACGCUUUUUUAAUACGGUUCUUGACGAUUGUCAUUUAUUAGUAAGAUGCAAAUUAAGUAAUUUGGCUAAACGAGAAGAAGGAAAAUUAUUUAGAAAGCUUUUAGAUAUGGCCAAAUUUUAUGCAAGAUUUGAAAUAAACGAUGUAACAGGUGAUCCCUUAACUGACCAUGAUAUGACGCAAUUACAUUAUUCUAAAAUUACAUCGUUACAGAGGGCAGCUUUUAUAAAAUUUCCAGAUUUGAAAAUUUUUACUAUAAAAAAUGUUGCAAACGUUGAUAGUCAUGAAAUUUUACAAAAACAUUUUAGUGCUUUAGAUCAAGAAAAUUUAAGAAACAUUGCUUCCUUUUUAAAGUUAGUUCCAAAUACGACGGAGAAGCAAUUGGAAUGGCAUAGAUUAGAUAAAGAAUUUUUGGUCGAAUUACUGGUUUCACGGCACGAGCGCAGGGUGUCCCAAUUGGAAUCAUUGAAUAAAAUGCCAUUAUACCCAACUGAAGAUAUAAUUUGGGAUGAAAAUAUUGUACCAACAGAAUUCUACUCGGGAGAAGGUUGCUUUGCACUCCCGAAGUUAAAUUUGCAAUUUCUAACUUUACAUGAUUAUCUCCUAAGAAAUUUCAAUUUGUUUCGCUUGGAGUCAACAUAUGAAAUAAGACAAGAUAUUGAGGAUGCGGUUAGUCGAAUGUUGCCUUGGAAAUCUGAAGAUAAUGAUAUUGUUUUUGGAGGUUGGGCAAGAAUGGCAUUACCAAUUUCAUUAUUUGAAAUUUCAGAAGUUGCAAAGCCACGUAUUGGAGAUCGAAAGCCUUCAAAAGUUCGGGCAGAUGUGACUGUAACAUUGAGCGUUCGAAAAGAAGUUAAAGAAGAAUGGGAAAACUUAAAAAGACAUGAUGUUUGCUUUUUAAUAACAGUUGACCCAAUUAUGCCUUACGGAACGAAAUAUAAUCCAAGAGAACCUUUUAUUCCGCAAGUGGGCUUAGUGAAUGUUCGUGGUUGUGAAAUAGAAGGAAUGCUAGACGCAAAUGGUCGAAUAAUAGAGGAGGGACCGGAUCUUAAACCUAAUUUAGUCGGAGAACAGCGAACUUAUAGAGUUUGGCUAGAUCCAAAUCAAUAUCAAGCGGAUAUGGAGUCUUUGGAUGAUGGGAGACCCAAUGUUUAUGAUGGAUUUAAUAUCAUAAUGCGAAGAAAACCAAAGGAGAAUAAUUUUAAAGCAGUUUUGGAAACAAUUCGUGAUUUAAUGAAUUCGGAGUGUGUUGUUCCUUUAUGGCUUCAUGAUAUAUUAUUGGGAUACGGAGAUCCAAGUUCCGCCCAUUAUACAAACAUGGAUUUAAAGGACUCCUUUUUGGAUUUUAACGAUACAUUUUUGGAUAUUGAUCACUUAAAAAACAGCUUCCCCGAUUGCAAUUUUGAUUUCAAAGGAAACGAAAAUGAUAUGAAACCACCAUUUCGACUCACAUUUGCAGAUGAGACGAAAACAAUUUUAGCCGAAUCUUAUGUUAUCAAAAGCCGUGGCCCAUAUGAAGAAAAUACUCCAAAAAGAAAUUCGAUUUAUUUCACCCCAACUCAAAUUGAAGCUAUAAAAUCUGGAAUGCAACCUGGGUUAACGUUAAUUGUCGGUCCUCCAGGUACAGGAAAAACAGAUGUUGCUGUUCAAAUAAUUUCCAACAUAUACCAUAAUCAUCCAAAUCAAAGAACAUUAAUUGUGACACAUUCUAAUCAAGCGUUAAACCAACUUUUUGAAAAAAUUAUGGCUUUAGACAUUGAUGAACGACAUUUACUUCGUUUAGGACAUGGAGAAGAAGCUCUUGAAACUGAAAAAGACUUUAGCCGAUAUGGCCGUGUUAACUAUGUCCUAGCUAAACGAAUUGAGCUGCUAAGGGAUGUCCAAAAAUUGCAAGAGUCUUUAAAUUUAUCUGGUGACAGUUCUUAUACUUGCGAAACUGCGGGAUAUUUUUUCUUAUAUCAAAUAGUGUCACGUUGGGAGAAAUUUCUUACUAAGAUAAAUUCAUGCAAAAAUUCUCACACUGAAUGGAAAACUAUGUUUGAACAGGAAUUUCCCUUUAAAAACUUUUUUGCAGAUGUGAAACAACCACUUUUUUCUGAUAAUUCAUUCGAAAAUAAUAUGCGGAUAGCUGAAAGUUGUUAUUAUUAUAUAUCCCAUAUUUUUGCAGAAUUAGAAGAAUUCCGAGCAUUUGAGCUUUUGAGGAAUGGUUUGGAUAGAUCCAAGUAUUUAUUGGUAAAGGAAGCUAAAAUUAUAGCUAUGACUUGUACACAUGCAGCUUUAAAGCGAAAAGAGUUAGUUAGCUUGGGUUUCAAGUAUGAUAACAUAUUAAUGGAGGAAUCAGCCCAAAUUUUGGAAAUUGAGACAUUUAUUCCCUUACUUUUACAAAACACAUUUGAUGGUUAUAAUCGUUUGAAAAGAUGGAUAAUGAUAGGCGAUCAUCACCAGCUACCUCCAAUUAUAAAAAAUAUGGCUUUUCAAAAAUAUUCGAAUAUGGAACAAAGUCUUUUUACCCGAUUAGUCAGAUUGAACGUGCCAACAAUAAACUUGGACUCACAAGGACGUUGUCGACCAAGCAUUUCUUGUUUAUAUAAAUGGAAAUACAAUAAAUUAAACGAUCUUGAUCAUGUAAUCAGCAGAGAAGAAUACAAGACUGCAAAUCCUGGAUUUGCCUUUGAAUAUCAAUUUAUAAAUGUCGGUGAAUUCAACGGUGUUGGGGAGAGUGAACCUAAUCCAUUUUUCUACCAAAAUUUGGCCGAAGCUGAAUAUAUUGUAGCAGUCUAUAUGUAUAUGAGAAUUUUAGGGUAUCCUGCAGAAAAAAUAUCCAUUUUAACAACGUAUAAUGGACAAAAGCACUUAAUAAGAGAUGUAAUAAAUUUACGAUGUGCACAAAAUUCAUUAAUAGGCUGGCCCAGUAAAGUAACAACGGUGGAUAAGUAUCAAGGUCAGCAGAAUGAUUACAUAUUAAUAUCUUUAGUUCGAACAAAAGCAGUUGGUCAUUUACGAGAUGUGAGACGUUUGGUUGUAGCAAUGAGUCGUUCCAAAUUAGGUUUAUAUAUUUUUGGAAAUCUAGCAUUAUUCCAGAAUUGUCCUGAACUUCAGCACACCUUUAAAAUUCUUACUAAACGUCCACAAGAUUUACAUCUGGUUGAAGAAGAAUUUUAUCCAACAUCUCGUCUAAUUCAAGAAGAACCAUCUCAAAGAAUUAUAAUAAAAAAUAUGUCUCACAUGGUUAAAUAUAUUAACCAUUUAUAUAUGGCAAAGGUAGAUAGUUUACAAAAUGAAAUUGAACUCAUACAGCAAGAAAAAGUAAAGGAAGAAUACCUUCAAAAUGAAAAAAAAUCUGAGACAAAAACUUCAGAAGCAUUUGAUGAGACUAAAUUAGAUGGCAAGCAAGCACAAAACACAAUAAAUCUUCACAAAGUCACUCCAAUAAUAUCUGAAAUACCCGAAGUUUCAAGUCCGAUUGAAAAUCUUGUUGAUGAACAAGAAAACGAAGAAGUUAUGCAAACAGAUACAACAGUUGAACAAGAUAGGAUGUUUGAAAAACCUGCUCUAGAUGGCAAUUAUAUUGAAGAAGAAAUGCAAACAUCAGAGGAAAAAAUAAAUAAGGCAAAUACUGUGGAUGAAAAUUCGGAAGGAACAUGUGCUGCUGAAGGUGAGAAUUCUUUCCAGAAUGACGAUAAAAAUACUUUUCAGGACAAUAAUAGUUGUGAGGUAAUUGAUGAGGAAAUGUCUCAAAAAGAUUCUCUGGCCGAAACUAACACGAAAGAUCUAGUAAACGAUGAAAAUGUUCAUGAAUGAUUAAACUAAUAAAAUUUAAAUUAAAAUAAAGCCCAAUUAGAUUUACAUUCAAAAACAAAAGUUUAUUUUUU